AUGCACAAAGGAUCCCGAAUCGGGCUUGGCCUGGAGUUUUGGGUCGACCAGGCCAAGGUCUUGGAUGUCAAGGCAAAAAGAUCGCCUGAUGCAAUGGUGAUUGACGGAGAGGCCAUUGAUCUGGAAGACCAAGAACGCAUAUGGACUGUCAUGAUUGAGUGCGAAGAGGGAUAUCCGUCCCUUCGCAUCUCCAAAGAGUGGAUAGGGACCGAGGUCUUCACAUCUGGCGAUAAGUCCGAGUCCUCACCACCUGCUGAAACUGUGCGGUCUGUUGAAUGGCUUGACCCUCCUCAGACUAUGCGACUUUCGCAUGGAAACCACCCUGAUCCGAUGGCUCUUGACUCCAGUAUGCUGGAAUCAUCCCCGCCAAAUCGCCGCUUCGUUGCCAAGCUAGAGCCACCCCUAGACAUUCCUAUUCUCGCUGCGUCCGACAUCUAUCGUCAUCUUGGAAUGCAAUUACCGCAUGAGUUUAAGAUGUUUACAUAUGACUGGUUGCUGGUUUCAGACUCGACAGCAAGCGAUGCGUCGCCUCAACCGAGUCGUAGAAAGCGCAGGAUGUCUGUGUAUUCCGUUGAUUCAACCGGCACAACUCAGGUUAAACAACAUAACUACACCUUCCAGGCAUUCGAGUCCGUUGCAGGCCGCAAGAUUCGUGAGCUUCCAUUUUCCCAUCCUCGACAAAUUGCCGACAUCCUUCCUGUAUUACGUCAAUACGCUUUGCUUGCAAGUUUGAUUCGCAAAGUCUUCAAGACUCCUACUCAGGAAACACCCGACAAGACAGUAUCUGCGAAGACGCCCUCGACGAAAUCGACACCAACAAAGUUAUCUUCUGCCCUAUCCUCUGGUCCAGACCCAAGUCUCUUUAACGGUUCAGAAAGCACCAUUACUCUCAGCAAUGAUGAUCCGAACGAAGAGAAGCUCAAUAUGCUGCUCAGUGAUGGGUUCCCAACUGCUGAAAAUAGCGGCAUUUUCUCGUGGUCCAACGACCAAGAUGACCGACUUUUCAUGAACGAUGUCAAGGUAGACGUGACACUACGCUCACAACUUGGACAGUCUCCAGCCCUCAUGUUGCUUAUCACUAAUCCCGGCAAAAAUAUCGGCAGCGUCGACAAAUUUGUGCGCGAGUCAGUACAAGUCUCACUCUGUUUCGAGGUUGGCCUCAAUGGUUGCAUUUCCGUGGUCGACAGCUCGGGUCUCAAUGCAACCAAUGGCGAUCCCGGGGACACCGAGAUGCAAGGGACGGAUGAUAAGCCAAGCCUGCAGAAUAUCCACAAAAAGAUCGCCAGGGUCUUGGAGACCUCGCAGGACCUGGGUAUCCUGGUGGAAUGGGUCCUGCGGGAACGGCUCGGCAGCGGUUAA